GUGGUCGACGUAGGACCCGGGUUACGUGGGCCGGGUCCUACGGAGUAUGCAACCCCUGAAUUUAUGGCAACACCAUAUGAAUUCGGACGUCUAUAGACAAUGAACAUAGCGCCUGCAAUUGACGUAUUUCCGCCUACCUGUGGAGCUGUUUCCGGCUAACAGCAGAGCUCCCCGACUUAAAUUCUUUCUGUCAUAAGGCGGAAACAGGAUCUGCCGAGUGAACGUUUAUCGGAGGUAUGUUUAUGUGAGUUUUAGAGCCGAUCUCGAAGUAGUGAAGUUCAACCUGACAGGAUAGAGCGGUAAAGACAAAGAGACUCAACUCCUGUGUUAGUUUGACAGCACUUGGACUUCUUCCGUGUGUACCUUAGGGUCCUCAAGGCUCCACACUAGUACAAAGCACCAUGAAAAGGUUCAGGCGACAUGUCCAUGAAUCGCAGAGGGACCGGCUCAAACAGGAACUCUUCCAGUUCACCAAGACUGUGGAGCAUGGAUUCCCUCACCAGCCUAGCGCUCUGGGCUACAGUGCUUCUCUUCAGCUCAUGGCCAUUGGAACGCGCUCUGGAGCCAUCAAGCUGUAUGGAGCACCUGGUGUUGAGUUCAUGGGUCUCCACGAUGAAAAUGCUGCUGUCACACAAGUGUUCUUCAUGCCUCAUCAGGUUGAGUUGGUGACCUUGCUGGAUGAUAACAGUCUGCAUAUGUGGACACUACGAGGCCAUAAGGGACUUUCAGAACUUCUUGAAAUUGGACGUUUCAUGCUGACUGGACCACCUGGGGCCCCACCCAGUGUGACCAGAGUGACUGCAGUCCUGGCUCACUCCUCAGGGGAGCUGCUACUGUUGGGAACAGAAGGUGGACAUGUGUUUAUUGUUGAAGUCCCAGGAUUUAGAGAGUUGGAAGAGAGGAACAUCAGCCUUGAUCAGGUCACUAGCUGUGUGCCAGAUGACUACAUCGGUCGCAGGAAUCUGGAACAUGUUGAGGCCCUGCAGGAGAGCCCAAUGAAUUCAAAUCAAGUUGCUAUUGGCUAUGGACGGGGCCUCAUUGUCAUCUGGGACUUGGAGCAGCACCUUGCCAUCAGACACAUCCUGCCCACACAGCAAUUGGAGAGUAUGUGGUGGACUGAAGAUGGAAGUUCCAUUCUCAGCUCGCACAGUGAUGGAAGCUACUGCUGUUGGACGUUGGGUGCCGAGGGUGAAUAUGAAGAAGACGAGAAAUCUGACAUUCCAUAUGGACAUUUCCCCUGCAAGGCCAUCAUGAAAAUAGUAAAGCUUCCAACAGCUGGAGGGCCUCCAUUCCUGCUGUUCAGUGGUGGCAUGCCCCGGGCCAGCUAUGGGGAUAGACACUGCAUCACCGUCAUCCACAGUAAAACACAAGUGGCCUUCGACUUUACCUCCAGGAUCAUCGACUUCUUUGUCAUCAGACAUGGCCCCCACCUCACAGGAGAACCCAGCGCUCUGGUGGUUCUGGUGGAAGAAGAGCUGGUUGUUAUUGACCUGCAGACAGAAGGUUGGCCUGUUAUUCAGGCACCUUACCUGGUUCCACUCCACAGUUCAGCCAUCACCUGCUCUCAUCAUGUGUCAGCCAUUCCUCUUAAACUGUGGGAAAGGAUCAUUGCUGCUGGACUGCUGCAGAAUACUCACUACUCAAAAAAGCCUUGGCCGAUAACGGGAGGUCAGAACCUCGCUCUAGAUCCUCCACAGAGAGACCUGUUGCUCACAGGACAUGAAGAUGGAACUGUGCGUUUCUGGGAUGCGUCAGGAGUUUGCCUCAAUCCUCUGUUCAAGCUGUCCACAGCUUCAGUAUUCCAUGCAGAUGCUGAUCCCAAUGACAACAUGAGCCAAAGCGCUGAAGGAGAGUGGCCUCCUUUCAGAAAGGUUGGCUGCUUUGACCCAUACAGUGAUGACCCAAGGCUUGGAAUCCAGAAGAUCCAUCUUUGCAAAUACAGUGGCUACCUUACUGUUGCUGGCACUGCAGGACAGAUUCUGAUGCUGGAGCUGAAUGAUGAAGCAUCAGAGCAGACAGUGGAGGCAAAAAUUGUGGAUUUGUUGCAGGGACAGGAGGGAUUCCGGUGGAAGGGCCACACACAACUGGAUGUUCGGGAGGAACCUGUUCUUUUCCCCCCAGGAUUUCAGCCUUUUACUGUGGUCCAGUGCCAGCCUCCUGCUGUUGUCACUGCCCUCACUUUGCACUCAGAGUGGAAGCUAGUAGCAUUUGGAACCAGCCACGGCUUUGGGGUAUAUGAUUACCUACAGAAGAAAAGUGUUCUUGUCAAGUGCACACUAAACCCCAGUGACCAGCUUGCAAUGGAGGGUCCUCUGUCAAGGGUAAAGAGCAUAAAGAAGUCCCUGCGACAGUCAUUCAGAAGAAUCAGACGCAGCAGAGUUUCUUUGAGAAAGCACCAAAUCAGCAGUACCGCCAAGAUUCAAGAGGCCAAUGCUCGUCUGGAGGCUGAACUGGCCGAAAUGGAGCUGGCUCCUGUCCAGAGAAAGAUUGAAGCCCGCUCCUCAGAUGACUCCUUCACUGGCCUUAUACGAACUCUAUACUUCGCUGACACCUUCCUCUCAGACAGUUCACAUAAUUCCCCCUCCUUGUGGGCAGGGACUAAUGGUGGAUGUGUCUUUGCAUACAUUCUCUUCCUUCCUCCUUUAGAACGCAGAGCAGAUGAUGCUGUCACUGCACAGCCAGCCAAAGAGAUACAGCUGAUGCAUCGUGCUCCUGUGGUUGGGAUCGUGGUUUUGGAUGGUCAAGGGGCUCCUCUCCCUGAGCCAUUAGAGAUGGCUCAUGACCUGGCUCGCUCACCUGACAUGCAUGGGUCACAUCAUCUGUUGGUCAUCUCUGAGGAGCAGUUUAAGGUUUUCACUCUGCCGAAGGUGAGCACUAAGAUGAAGCUGAAAGUGACUGCUGUGGAUGGAUCUAGAGUGCGGAGAGUGGGUGUGGCCUGGUUUGGCAGCAGCCGAACAGAAGGCUACGGCGAAAGCGGAUUGGUCUUCCUGACCAAUCAGGGUGAUGUGCAUGUGUUGUCACUGCCUCAUGUUAAAAUACAGGUUCGCCACCCCUGCAUCCGACGGGAGGAUGUCAGUGGCAUUGCCUCCUGUGUUUUCACCAAACAAGGGCACGGCUUUUACCUGAUCUCUCCAUCUGAGUUUGAACGCUUCUCUUUGUCAACUCGCUAUCUGGUGGAACCUCGUUGUCUGGUAGAAGCCCCUAUUCAUUCAGUCGCCUCCAACCAGCAUAAACCAAUGCCUAAAGUGACCUCAUCAACCCACAGAAGCUCACAAGACACUGAAGAUGCAGAAAGUGCAGCUAGACAUGUUAUGGAACACGCUUUGCUGAAUGAUGAAAAAGUUCUACAGGAAAUACAAAAGUCUCUAGAAGGUGACCAGGGGUCUUUCCCACAAAAUAAUGUGAAGAGUGCUGUUGCCUGAGACCAAAUUCUUAACUCCUCAGAUAAACGCAUUGAAAUGUAUGAAGUGCACUGCAGGCCUACAGCUUCUCUAACCUCCUGCUUGACAAACACAACCACUACUGACCCCUGAUACUUCUAAAAUCCACAUUGAAAGGACGCCAAAAAACUUGUCGUACUGCAGCUGUUUGAGCACAAGGAUGCAAAAGACAAGGAGGGUAAACAAGGAGACCUUGAAUCUGCCUUACAGUCUACUUCACAUGGUGCUUCAGUUUCAGCAGAAAGCUGCAUUAAUCAUAUUCAUAUUCCAUAUUCUGAUUGCAUCAAACCAGGUGUAAUCAGUUCUCAGAGGUGCAAUGGAUACUUGGAUGAGGCAAAAAAGAAUUUGGGGAAAUAAUUACAGCAAGAGUUGUUUUUUAAAAGGUUUCUUUCCUUUUUGUAACUGUAUUUGCUCUGUAUGUAUAUUAACAUAUAUAAUAUAAAUGAAUGAGUUUAGUAUAUAGGUUUUAAAAUAUACUAUACUAUAAUUUUUCCCCAAACUUUUGAUACUUUCACCCAUUUUUAACAUAACACUUAAGUCAUUUUUAUAUGGCCAUCCUUUUACAAUGUUCACUUUCGUAUACUGAAGAAAUUUUGAAGUUGCUGUUUUACUGAUGUCAUUGUUUUAAAAUUGGAUUUUUUAAAAUUUGAUCUAAUAGUUUUUUGUCUUGUCCUUUUCCCCUUAUUGGAAUAAAUGAUUUUCUGUAAUCAUAAUAUAUAGUUUUUCUCAGUGACACUAAUUAUUAAACAUUAACCAUGGUUGUUAAUAGGGAUUUACACUACACGCUCGGUCCCACCCUACCUGUUAACUGUAAGGUAACCAGAUCAUAGGUACUUGUGCACUAUACCUCAGCACACUGUUCUUUUUGGGGUAGACCUUUGUCUAGGGUUUACUUUUAUGAAUACUAAUAUUGUUUCAUAAACUGUUUAAGCAAUUAAUGAUUUAUUUGAUUUUGGAAUGUAAUUGUAAGCGAUGAUGGCAAAUUGUUAUAUACUGUACUAUGUAUGAGACUGUUGUGCCUAUUUUAACUGGGAUUGGCUGCUAUUUAGACCCCACAAGGAAAUCUUUUGGUACUAUGUGUUUGAAUACUUUGUAUUUUAUCAUCAGCUUGGAAUAUAUUUUUGUAGCAAACUGAUUAUGAAACCUGAUAUUUUUCAGUUGUAUGAAAUUUUACGCUCUAAUUUUCUUGCAAGAAAUUACAUUGUUUUUCUUUAAAAAUUG